UUUUCUUGUCCUCAAUUUUCUGCUCCGCUUCUUCUACCCCGCGCCUCCCUCCCCACCUUCUCGCACACGCUCAGUCUGGUCGGGCCGCCGCCUCACAGCGCCCCCGCGCAGGAGGAGUCGCUGCCGAGCGCUCACCAGGCAGGGCGGUUGGUUGUUUUUCCGGCCUCCAUUUUAGACUCACUGUAAGGCCGGGGCGGCCACCCCGCUUGCUCCGGGGGCAGUGCCGGGCUACGUCGAGAUCCUGCUCGGGCCCUUGUUGCGCGGGGCCGGUGUGUGACGCCGCUAACCUGCGUCUUCCUCCCUUCCUGAAGCUGGGCCGGGCUUGAGCUGGAGAAGGAAGCGACUCCCAGUGGACAGAGAUGGGCGCCCGGGGCCUCGCCGACACUCCCGCACCCCGAAGGCGCUUUUCUUCACCCUCCCGCCGCUCUUGAGCCUGCUCUCCUUCCUCCUUGCCGCCGCCUGGGCCACAGCUAACUCCGAUGGAGACCCCCGUAGCAGGGCCGCCCGUCACCCUCAUCAUCAAAGCUCCCAAUCAGAAAUACACCGACCAGACCAUCAGCUGCUUCCUGGACUGGACCGUGGGCAAGUUGAAGUGUCACCUCUCCAAGGUGUAUCCCAGCAAGCCGUCUACAAAGGAUCAGAGACUGGUGUAUUCUGGCAGAUUGCUUCCUGAUCACCUUCAGCUGAAAGAUAUUCUCAGAAAACAAGAUGAAUAUCAUAUGGUUCAUCUAGUAUGUUCUUCACGGACACCUCCAAAUUCUCCAAAGCCUGACACUCUUAGGGGAAACCAUGGGUCAUCAACAGCUAGCAGCAUCUUGAGUUCAGAACAUUCAGGAUCAACAGCUCCUUCACCAUCUCAAGAAACCUUACAUACAGCUGUCUACACUAGCUCUGAUGGUGUGAGACAUCGCAACCUUCAACAAGCACAUAGCAACCCAAUGCAAAGCCAUCCAUUACCUUACAUAAUGCAAGGCAAUAUAGGCAACCAGUUUCCUGGACAAGGAGUACCAGCUGGAGUUCCUGUGUAUCCUGCUUUCAGCCCACUGCAGAUGAUAUGGUGGCAACAGAUGUAUGCACGCCAGUAUUAUAUGCAAUAUCAAGCUGCAGUUUCAGCCCAAACAGCACCUAUUACUGAACCUGCCAGUCCUCCAGCUCCACAACCCACAAAUUCUGAGCAUGCUCCUGCAAAUGAGCCCCCAGCAGCACCAAAUGUAGCCCCACAGGAGAACAGGCCUGCAAAUCAAAAUGUACAGAUGAAUGCUCAAGGAGGUCCAGUAAUGAAUGAGGAGGACUUCAAUCGAGACUGGCUAGAUUGGAUGUAUACAUUCUCCAGAGCAGCUAUCCUCCUUAGCAUUGUAUAUUUCUAUUCCUCCUUCAGUCGGUUUGUGAUGGUGAUGGGAGCCAUGUUACUAGUUUACCUACACCAAGCUGGGUGGUUCCCAUUCAGGCAAGAAGGAAUCCAUCAGCCUCCAGCAAACAAUGAAGACAUGAACCAUGAUGGGCAAAAUGUAAACAAUGCUGGACUUGAAGAGAUGGAGCGCAUUAUGGAUGAUGGGAUCGACGAAGACAGCGGUGAAGAUGUUGUUGAUGCCAAUGUAGAACAACAUCCUGGGUUUAUGGCUUCUGCUUGGUCCUUCAUCACCACCUUCUUCACAUCCCUAAUCCCUGAAGGGCCUCCGCAAGUUGGCAACUAAGCAAAGAAGGAACUCUCAGUAGCAGAGCAGCUGUGCUUAAAAGUGGAAGUUGACUCUAGGGGGGUAUUUUAAAUACAGUGCAAUUUCAAGAUUUAUAAUGUAAACUUUCUGAUCAUGGCAUACAAAAAUGUGUUUUCUCUAUCAGCUUUCUCAUGCUUAUGAAUAUUUUAAGCAAAAAUGGACUACUAAAUGCUUUUUAAAAGAUUCUUCUUUACGUAAAGAAGAAAAAAUGUAAAAAUACUAGUCUUCCAUGUUUUUGUUUUGAUUGUGAUAACACUGAGACAAGAAGCUUGUAGUUGGUGUGCAAUGUCAUCCCUUUAAAGAGUUGUUAAAUUACAAUAGUUAAGAGUAAAUCUUCAGAAAUAAGGUCCUUCACAGUAAAAUAGUACUUGUGUAGGAAUCUUCGUGUUUGUGUUUUUUAAAUUGCUUAAAGUAAAUCUGCAUCAUAGUUUUGAGUUUGUGGCAACUCAGCUUUGCCAGCGGCAUGUAUCUUUUCCACUUCAUGCCAUAAAUAACAUAGCAGCUCUUCAAAGGGAACAGACAGUGAUGGAGUACACUACAAACUGUUUAAUACAUGCAGUACUUUUUUUAAAAAAUACAUGUACUGGGAAGCACAGACACAUGUAAUUAGUUUUUUUAAUUAAACAAAACUACAGUGAAAAGAAAA